AUAUAUAUAUAUAUAUAUAUAUAUAUAUAUAUAUAUAUAUAUAAAACACGUCAGCUUUGUCCGCAGCCGUUUUCCUGACCCAACGGGACUGAGUGAGUGUGAGAGCCGAGAGGAGAAGGACUUUUGUAUCCGCAUCCACCGGAGCGACAUCGACUUCAACUUCAAGUUUCCUCGCUCCACUUUCUGGAGCUUCUUCAUGCGGCGGCUUUGAAGCUGAGUUCCCGACGACCGCUUCAUAGAGCAGGGGAACCCUCGUGAGAACUGCAGGAGAAGGGGCCUGUUCACUCGCCACCCUCAUACUGGAAGCUGCGGGAUGGCGAGAAGAUUCCCCAUUCCCUGGUUGCUUCUUGCAACCUGCUGCCUGGCGUCUGCAGGGCCGAUGUUUCGCAGCCCAUGCGAGCUGCUGCCGGUGGGGGCGGGACACCCGGUGCAGGCCACGCUGAGGAGCUUCACCGCCCUGUCGGGCUGUGCGAGCCGGGGCACCACCGGCCUCCCCCAGGAGGUCCACAUCAUCAACCUGAGAGGACUUGUUCCAGAGGGACCAGGCAGCACCCAAGUUGAGCUGCAUCUGAAGCCGAUCCAGUCUCUGCUGCGCCACCAGAAGCCACUGGUCUUAGUGCUCCACUCCCCCCAGCCACUGAUCUGGAAGAUCAAGUCGGAGAACCUGGCCCUGGGCGUUAAGCGUACCUUUCAUGUAUCCGAGGGCUCAGAGGUCCACUUCCAGCCGGGAAACUUCUCCCUCUCCUGCCAGAUCCAGAAGGAGACCCUUCCCCAUGGCAACGAGCACCUCCUCAACUGGGCCCAGAAGAAGUACAGGGCCGUCACCUCGUUCUCUGAGCUCCGGAUGACUCAAGACAUCUACAUCAAAGUCGGAGAAGAUCCGCUGUUUUCUGACACCUGCAAGAUUGAUACCAAGUUCCUGUCUCUGAACUACCUGGGCGGCUACGUGGAGCCACAGGCAUCAAAGGGUUGCGUCCUCUCCGCGCCCGACAAAGACCAAGAGGUCCACGUUGUUGAACUCCAAGCCCCCAACUCCAGCAGUGCUUUCCAGGUGGAUGUCAUAGUGGAUCUACGACCUCUGGAGGACGAUGCCCCGCUGCAUCGUGACGUCGUCUUGCUGCUCAAGUGCACCAAGUCUGUCAACUGGGUCAUCAAGGCCCACAGUGUGAUUGGAAAGCUGGAAGUGGUGGCCUCUGAUACCGUGAGUGUCAGUAUGAACACGGAGAGACUGAUGCAAGUGUCAAAAUCCCCCAAGCAGCACUUGCCAUCGGGGCCACAAGCCUUGAUCAAGUACGCAGGGGAGCACGGCUACGGUCCAGUCACGUCUUACACCAACACCCCUGUGGCUAACCACUUCAACAUCCGCCUCAGAGAGCCAGAAGUGGUGGAUCCUCUGGAGCGCAUGCUGCCUCCAGAGCUCUUCAUCCUGCGUGACCCCAGUCCCCAUCCGAGAGCUGGAGCUGCAGCCCGACGCUCCGGUCUGCCCUUUCCCUUCCCCCCGCCUGCGUCCGACGGCCUGCCCUUCCUGUCUCUGCCCUCCUCCCUCGACGACCGGCCCUGGGAGAACGGGGAGCCCGAGGAGCAUCAGGGCGCUCUCAGUGUCGGCCUCAGCGUGCAGUGUGAGGACACGAGGAUGGUGGUCAGCAUCGAUAAAGAAAGCCUGCAAGCGAAUGGGUUUGCUCAUGCCAACCUCACUCUUCAAGACCCAGCUUGCAAAGCAAAAGUCAAUGCCACCCACUACACUCUGGAGACUCCUCUGACCGGCUGUCUGACCACCGUGUAUCCCAUGCAGGGGAGCCCAAUGGCCGUCCACAUCAACUCUGUCUUGAUAAGUCAUACGGAGAACAAGGACGGGAGUGGCAGGCCGCUGGAUUACGAGGAUCUGGAAUCUGGAGACGUGCUGUUCCCGAGAGACCCGGUGGAGUUAGAGAGGACAUUCACGGAGCCGGCGGAGCACCAGUCCGUCAUAGUGUUCAACUGCACGUACCGAAAGAACCAGAAAACCUCGGCAACGCUUCCCAGGAUUGUACCAGGACCCGGCAGGCAACCGGUGAGCAACAUGACGUUUAACAUGGAGAUGUACAACACGCUGCCGUUCAGAAACCCCUCGCGCCAGGCCUUCUACACCGUCUCACAGAAGCAGCAGGUCUUCGUGGAGGUCACAUCUGCUGCAUCGGAUCCGGAGCUGGGCUUCACCCUCAUAUCGUGCUUCAUUUCUCCCAACUCCAACCCCAGUGUGGCCUCAGGCUACACUCUCAUUGAGACCGUGUGCCCCACGGACGACUCCGUCAAGUACUAUCCUCAGAGGGAGUUCCCAGUCCCUCACACACAGGCGGAGAAGAAGAGCUUCAGCUUCACCUUCAACUCAAAGUUCAACAUGUCCCUGCUUUUCCUGCACUGCGAGAUGUCUCUGUGCUCCAAGAGAUCUCAGAGCAACCAGAGACUACCCACGUGCCUGCAACCCAGUGAGACGUGCGAUUCUCUUUCUGUGGACAACAUCCUGGUGAUGAUGAUGAACUCCAAGACGUCUACCAAGCCGCUGGUCGUGGUGGAUGGACCUGAUCAGGAAACAGUAACUCCUUCUCAGAAAGCGACCCAAAGCCCACAAGGUCCUUACGAUGACGAGGCGCUGUACGUGCUGGACACGCCGACGGUGGUGGGGAUCGCCUUCGCGGCCUUCGUGAUCGGCGCCCUGUUGACCGGAGCCCUGUGGUUCAUCUACUCGCACACAGGUGAGACAGCCGGCACACAGCAGGUCCAGAAGCCCCAGCCGACCUCGGAGAACAGCAGCGCGGCCCACAGUGUCGGCAGCACACAAAGCACACCGUGCUCCAGCAGCAGCACCGCGUAGCCCAGGACGCAACCCGACGGGGGACCGGUUUGUGGAUCUCCUUCCAU